AAAGAGGCACAGCUCCUUUGUUGUUGCUUUUACUUCAUUUUGUUUACACAACUGAUGCACUAAAAUAAUUCAAAACUUGAAAAUGAUACAUACUCUGUAAAUGUAAUAAGUGAAACCAUUCUCUGACAUUAUUUCAUUCAAGUCCUGUCUCCUCUCUGGCUUGUCAGGACUCCAAGAUGCGUGUUCUGAGCUGAAAUAUUCCUAUUUCCGUAAGUUAAAAGAUGUCUGCUUCAGCUCACCACUACUUAUCAAAUUGCUGUGGAUAGCAGUUUGGGAUGGGAGGCAACAGCAGGUUCCUGAAGAUCCUAGCAUUCCCUGGGAAACAAAGUUAGACUUAGUAGCCGAGCUGGCUUCAUGAUAAGUCAUGUUAGCAGUCUCUGUGGCUCACAAUACAGCGCCUUGAACAGUUCUUGAAAAAUGUGGACUACUGCUGUCUCAAAUGAACUACUUUCCACCCAGCCUUCACUUGGUGAAAGCAUAUCAAGUUAAGAUACGAAAAACAUUCUGUGUAUGUGAGAAGUAAUUGAACAUCUGGAUAAUGUAGUUUGGCAAAACAAGUUGUUAUUCAGAUGUACACUCAGAAAAGCAAAGUCUGCCAGGCUUGUUUCUGUAGCAUUUCUGUCUGACCUUCCAAAUGCAAAAUGCAGUGUCUCCUUUUUGUUGUUGGAAAACUUUAAGAAAAUUAGUAUGGUGAAUGAAGAGCAUCCAGUAGGUUGUUAAAAUAUUAAAACCCCAAGUUCAUUUUAGUCUGUUGAUCCUAGACAGCGUCAUGACGUGUAUUCAGAAUUCUCGUAAUUUACAGAUUGGGUGUGAUGAAGAAUAAGAUAAAUGUAAUAAGCAACUCACAUCUGAAUUGCACAGCCCUUCAUUGACAUGCUCUGUGCAGCUGAGUCCCACAUGAAGCUAGGAUUCUCAGUCUUUUUGCAAAUUGAGAAAGAACAGCCUUGUGCAUGCACAGUGUCUUGUCCACUGCUGAUAAACUAUCCUAUUACUUGCAUCUGACAUUUGUCUUUUCUUUGACAUUCUUGCAUUUGACAUUUGUCUUUUCAUUCCUACCAUGAUUAUUUUUUUCCUAGUAAAGGUGGCUGCCUUAAAACUUUGUAUCUAAUCACAGUUUUCAUGGAAUUUUACUAAACGCUUGGAUUUUUUUGUUUAUUUUGAAGAAGGGGUUCUUUUUUGAUCUUUCUCCUCCGGUUUGGAACUCUCUGCCUUGUAUUUUGACAGCAGAAUUUGAAAUGAGACAGUUUUACUCUUUCUUUUUGUUAGCUGUUGACAGUACUUUUCUUGAUGAAGUCUUUGUGCUACCUGUUAUAUUUUACUGCUUGCACUGUAGAUCCUGCCUUUGAGUGGGCAAUGCACCAAACUUAACAUUCAAAAUUGUGUUCCAAAGAGUUCCAGAUGGUUUCAGUAUCUUUCCAGACAACAUCAGUACAUAAAGACAUAAGUCAGACAUAUCCCACUUGUAGAGUGACUGCGUGCUUCUCUUGUAUUUUUGAUAUUGAUAGAUGAUCCAUUUUGGAAACGAUUUGCUGUAACUAGUCAUGAGGAUUAAGGCUCCCUUGUUCCACUUUCAGUAUCUGUAUUCCACUACGAAGCUGAAAGUUUAUCCAGGAUGUGAGUUCCAAGUAGCCACUUUUGUGUGACAGGAAAUGGUACCAUGCCUGAUAUAACCUAGUGAUUGAUUUCAGAUCAUGCUGCACUCCAAGCUGUUGCGAAGCCUUAUCUUUUAGGUGUAACAAAAGUACAUUUGUUUGGCUAUCAAAAGAAAAUGUUCUAAAUCCUUAAUUUUGUUUUGUAGAGAUACCCUCUUAUAUCCUGCUAUCUUCUCUGUAUUGACAUGAAAGGCAGUGUAUGGAUUUAUGAAAGAAAAAACAUAUUAUGCAAGUAAAUACCAUUCAAAUAGCAUAAGCAUUUGUGAGACAUCAGAACUUGUUUGAUAUGGGGGGAAAAACAAGAUGCUUUUCAACAGCGGCCUGUGCUUGUUUUUAAGGUGCAAGAAGAUGGUUCCCGCAUCAAAGCGAUAUACAAUUCAUCGAUCUUCGAACGUCCUGACUAUUUCACUGAAGAGAUUCGCAAGUUUGUCGGGCGCGAAGAUCAAUAAGGAAGUGAAAUAUCCUGAGUAUUUAGAUCUUCGUGCCUACAUGUCACAGUCAAUCGGAGAACCACUUCUUUAUGCCUUAUAUGCUGUUUUGGUACAUAGUGGAGUCAGUACUCAUACGGGACACUAUUUCUGCUUCAUCAAGGCUGCUGAUGGACUUUGGUAUCAGAUGAAUGAUGCUACGGUAGUGCGAAGUAACAUCAAAACAGUUCUUAGUCAGCAAGCUUAUGUACUGUUUUAUAUCAGGCGCUACGAUUUGACACUUGGAGAACGUACUUUUUACUUACCUGCACCGUCUUAUCCCCAUUCAUUCCUCGGUCAGAGAGGGACUAAUAGUAAGCAGGCUGGUUUUAUGGGACCACGACUUCCUCCUCAUAUGAUUAAGAAUUCAAGUCGUUUAAAUGGAAAUGGAUCUUCAAAAGAGGAUGCCAGUACUGUUGGUGUCACCUUAAAAAGGCCAUCUUCAGCUCCACCCACAGCUUGUGUUCAAAACUGGGCAAUUACCAGGCCUUCAAUAACUAACCCAUCAAAAAAACAGAAAAUCACUAUCAGUAUUCAUAACAAAUUGCCUGCGCGUCAGACAGCGUCACAGCCUGACUGCCGUGCUCUGGAGGAGGAGGCGGAGCUAAACAAGUCUGUUCCUUCAUUCACAUUUACAGAUUCUUCUGCAGCAGAGUCUACCUCAAAUGCAUCAAUGUUAUUUGCUAAUAAUGUUUCCAAACAAGACGCUAUGGAUGAAAUCCUUUUUGAGCCAGUGUUGAAUGGAAAUCUUAAACUCAGCUCUGAUAAUCCAGUCUCUUAUGGUACAGAGCCUUCAGGAAAAUCAGAGUCGUCGUCCUUAUUUACAAGGAAUUGCAACAUAAUAUCUUCUAAUGGAAUUUUGAUUGGAAAAGUCUGUACAUUGCAGAAUUCCCAUUCUUCCUAUCAGAAUGCUGAAGAGGAAAGAUCCCAGCAUGAGCUGCCAACAAAUGAUACACUAAAUGGUGCUAAUAGUUUAGAUAAUGAGCCUAAAUUGAAUGGACUGAAACUUGAUGAUUCCAGUUGCCAAUUCCCACCUGCUAAACCUUCCGAAAUGUUAUUUUCUAAAACCAAUGGAGUGCUUGAAACAAUGCCUAUAGCUUUGUCUCCGGACCCUCAAGAAAUGAUCUUAGAUUCCUUUACAUACGGCCAGUUGAACAGCUUGUCAGAGGAAAUAAGUGUCCCUGGACCUCAGGAAUCUUCGGAGAACAAUUCUCUUAUGGAAACAGUAAUGAUGGAAGCUCUGUUGGUCUAUGAAGAAUCCAGGAAACUUCCUUCUGACUUGAGCCUUGAGGCUGGGAAUCUUUUUAUUCAACCAGAUUCUGAAACCAUUUUUACCAAAGAAGAAGUUGCUGAAGGUAUUAUAACAAAAGCUGAUAAUGCACAACCCAAUAUCAAUGGUCAGCACAAGGUUAGGAAAAGAUCCUUGGACAUUGAAGAUGCUUGCUGCUUACGAAAAAGGGAGAUAGAACGGAGAAGUUUUAAAGCCCUUAUUUUCCUGUGUUCCUAUGUUCUCUAGCAAGUUUCUGAAAGCUUCUGUUUUUUCAGCUGAGAUCUGGUAAUCUUGACCACAAGAUCUUUAAUAGAACAAGGAUGAUGUCUAAGCAGACA